CAGGCUGUUCCUCCAAGUCGUUCAAGCUGUACUCGCCAAAGGAGCCCCCGAACGGCAACGCCUUUCCCCCUUCCACCCGGGCACAAUGCUGGAUCGAGAUGUGGGACCCACCCCGAUGUAUCCGCCAACGUACCUGGAGCCCGGGAUUGGGAGACACACGCCGUACGGGAACCAGACAGACUACAGAAUAUUUGAACUGAACAAACGUCUGCAGAACUGGACAGAGGAAUGUGACAAUCUCUGGUGGGACGCUUUCACUACAGAGUUCUUUGAAGAUGACGCCAUGUUGACCAUCACCUUCUGCUUGGAGGAUGGACCAAAGAGAUACACCAUUGGAAGGACGCUUAUUCCCCGCUAUUUCCGCAGCAUAUUUGAGGGAGGGGCCACAGAGCUGUACUACGUCCUCAAACACCCCAAGGAGUCAUUCCACAACAACUUUGUUUCCCUGGACUGCGAUCAGUGCACGAUGGUCACACAGCAUGGAAAGCCCAUGUUCACACAGGUGUGUGUGGAGGGGCGGUUAUACCUGGAGUUCAUGUUUGAUGACAUGAUGAGGAUAAAAACGUGGCAUUUCAGCAUCCGGCAACAUCGAGAACUCAUUCCCCGCAGUAUCCUCGCCAUGCAUGCCCAGGACCCACAAAUGUUGGACCAGCUGUCAAAGAACAUCACAAGAUGUGGACUAUCGAACUCUACACUCAACUACCUCCGACUCUGCGUAAUUCUGGAGCCGAUGCAGGAGCUCAUGUCCCGACACAAGACGUACAGUUUAAGUCCCCGGGACUGCCUCAAGACGUGUCUCUUUCAGAAAUGGCAGAGGAUGGUGGCACCACCUGCUGAACCAGCCCGACAGGCCCCCAAUAAGAGGAGGAAAAGGAAGAUGUCUGGAGGGAGCACAAUGAGCUCUGGAGGGGGCAACACCAAUAACAGCAACAGCAAAAAGAAGAGUCCCGCCAGCACGUUCGCCCUCUCCAGCCAGGUACCUGAUGUAAUGGUGGUGGGCGAACCAACCUUAAUGGGCGGAGAGUUCGGGGGAUGAAGAUGAACGACUGAUAACCCGCCUGGAGAACACCCAAUUUGACGCCGCCAACGGGAUUGACGACGAGGACAGCUUCAAUAACUCUCCCGCGCUUGGCGCCAACAGUCCCUGGAACAGCAAAACCGCCCUCAAGUCAAGAGAGCAAAUCGGAAAACCCGACCUCACAGGCUUCACAGUAA